AUUUUGGAAACUGUGAAGGAAAUCAAAGGCCGCAUCAUGCUCCACCAAUGCAGUUUACACAAGUGCAGUAUAAUGCUACUGUGUAUGAGAAUUCUGCAGCCAAGACUUAUGUUGGGCAUCCAGUGAAAAUGGGCAUUUACAUUACAAAUCCGUUGUGGGACCUAAGAUACAAAAUUAUUUCUGGUGACAAUGAGAACUUGUUCAAAGCUGAAGAAUAUGUUCUUGGAAACUUUUGCUUUUUGAGAAUACGGACCAAGGGAGGAAACACAGCUAUCCUUAACAGAGAGGUGAAAGACCAUUAUAUGCUGACUGUUAAAGCAGUUGAAAAAAAUACAAAUGCUGAAACGCGUACAAAGGUCAGAAUACAGGUACUGGAUACAAAUGACUUGCGGCCUUUGUUUUCUCCAACAUCUUACAGUGUUUCUUUGCCUGAAAACACAGCAAUAAGGACCAGCAUCGCAAGAGUCAGUGCAACAGAUGCAGAUAUAGGAACAAAUGGAGAGUUCUACUAUAGCUUUAAAGAAAGAACGGAUGUGUUUGCUAUACAUCCAACUAGUGGAGUGGUAGUUCUAACUGGUAGACUUGAUUACUCGGACACUAAGCGUUACGAGAUGGAAAUUCUUGCAGUGGACCGUGGGCUGAAGCUGUAUGGUAGCAGUGGCAUAAGCAGUAUGGCAAAACUAACUGUUCACGUAGAGCAAGCAAACGAAUAUGCCCCCGUCAUUACAGCUGUUACACUGACUCCGUCAGAAUCAGACAAAGAUCCAACUUAUGCAAUUGUAACUGUAGAGGACAAUGAUCAGGGUUCAAAUGGGGAAAUAGCAUCACUAAAUAUUGUUGCAGGUGAUCCACUUCAACAGUUCAAAACAGUGAGGUCUGUUCCAGGAGGUAAAGAAUACAGAAUAAAAGCCAUUGGUCACAUCGACUGGGAGAGCCACCCUUUUGGAUACAACCUUACCCUUCAAGCUAAAGAUAAAGGAAAUCCCCCACAGUUUUCUUCUGUAAAAGUUGUUCAUGUGACAUCACCGCAAUUUAAGUCUGGUCCUGUCAGAUUUGAAAAAGAGAUAUAUAGAGCUGAAAUAAGUGAAUUUGCCCCUCCUAACACACCUGUGAUAAUGGUGAAAGCUCUGCCUAGUUACCCACAUUUAAAAUAUGUAUUUAAAAGUACACCAGGCAAAGUAAAAUUCAAUUUAAACACUCACACUGGUCUUAUUACCACUUUAGAACCCAUAAAAGCACAAUAUGCAUCCCAUUUUGAACUUGAAGUUGUGACAAGUGACAGAAGAGCUUCUGCAAAAGUAGUAAUUAAGGUACUAGGCAUGAACAGCAAUCCUCCUGAAUUUACUCAGACAUCCUAUAAAGCCUCCUUCGAUGAGAACGUGCCAAUAGGUACGAGUAUCUUGAGAGUAAGUGCGAAGGAUCCUGAUGAAGGGGAGAAUGGUUAUGUGACCUAUAGCAUUGCAAACCUAAAUCCUUUGCCGUUUGUGAUUAACCAUUUCAGUGGGGUUAUUAGUACCUCAGAAGACCUGGAUUAUGAAUUGAUGCCAAGGAUUUACAGUUUGAGGAUUCGAGCUUCUGAUUGGGGUAUACCAUAUCGCCGAGAAGUUGAAGUUCCUGUUACUAUUAUUUUAAAUAACCUGAAUGACAAUAUACCUCUGUUCGAGAAAAUAAAUUGUGAGGGAACAAUCCCCAGGGAUCUUGGUGUUGGAGAACAAAUAACAACUGUAUCUGCUAUUGAUGCUGAUGAGCUCCAGUUGGUGAGAUACCAAAUUGAAUCUGGAAAUGAACUGGAUUUAUUUAGCCUGAAUCCAAAUUCUGGAGUACUUUCACUCAAGCAGUCACUAAUAGAUGGCCUAGGUGCUAAAAUGUCUUUUCACAGUUUGAAAAUUACAGCUACAGAUGGAGAAAACUUUGCAAAACCGUUGUAUAUCAACAUAACUGUAGCUACUAGUCGCAAACCGGUCAACUUGCAAUGUGAAGAAACUGGUGUUGCCAAAAUGCUCGCAGAGAAACUCUUACAAGCAAAUAAAUUGCAUAGUCGUGGAGAAGUUGAGGAUGUUUUCUUUGACACUCACUCUGUGAAUCUGCACGCACCUCAGUUUAGAAGUACUCUCCCCAGUAGCAUUGAGAUAAGAGAAGACCAACCUGUAGGCUCCAGCAUAAUGCUUAUGAAUGCUACUGAUCUUGAUACUGGCUUCAAUGGAAAGCUAGUGUAUGUUAUUUCUGGAGGUAAUGAAGAUAGUAGUUUCAUUGUUGAUAUGGAGAGAGGAGUGCUGAAAAUUUUAUCUCCCCUUGACCGAGAAGUAAAAGAUAAAUAUACUCUAAAUAUUACUGUCUAUGAUCUUGGAAUACCACAGAAGUCUGCCUGGCACCUUUUAGAUAUAAAAAUUUUGGAUGCUAAUGACAACCCACCGGAGUUCCUGCAAGACAGCUAUUUUGUUGAAGUGAGCGAAAACAAAGAGCCAAACACUGAAAUAAUUCAAAUUGAAGCUAUUGAUAGAGAUUUGGGGGCUAAUGGAGAAGUGAAAUAUUCUCUUCUUACAGAUACAGACAAGUUUACUAUUAAUGCUGUGACAGGAGUUGUGGAAGUUGUAGGGGUUCUGGAUCGUGAAGAACAGCAUGUCUAUUUCUUGAAAAUAGAGGCUAGGGACCAACCUACUGAAGAACCUCAAUUAUUUUCAACAGUUAUUUUAAAAGUGUCUGUAGAAGAUGUUAAUGACAAUCCUCCUAAGUUUAUUCCUUCAAAUUAUCAUGUGAAAAUUCGAGAAGAUCUUCCUGAGGGAACUAUCAUUACGUGGCUAGAAGCCUACGAUCCUGAUUUAGGCCAGUCAAGUCAAGUACGAUACAGUCUUUUGGACAGUGGAGAUGGCACCUUUGAUGUUGACAAACUAAGUGGAGCAAUACGUAUUGUACAAAGACUAGACUAUGAAAAGAAACAACUUUAUAACUUGACUGUGCGGGCCAAGGACAAAGGAAAACCUAUUUCAUUGUCCUCCACGUGUUACGUCGAGGUUGAGAUAGUUGACGUGAAUGAAAACUUGCACCCUCCACGGUUCUCUGUAUUUGCAGAUAAAGGCUUUAUAAAAGAAGAUGCCCCUGUUGGGUCCUCAGUAAUGACAGUAUCUGCUUAUGAUGAAGACACGGGACGAGAUGGGGAGAUUAGAUACUCCAUCAGAGAUGGAUCUGGUAUAGGAGUUUUUCGAAUAGAUGAAGAAAAAG